GGCGGCUUCAGCUGGCUUUUUUGAAUUUGUGUUGCUGCUAUUUCAGGGGGUGGCGCGGUGGGUUAUCAUGUCGUUUCCGAAGGCCCCGCUGAAGCGUUUCAAUGAAACCGCAAUGCAGAACAAGAAGCAUAGCCUCAGGUGUUGCCUUGAGUAUAUGGGAGCACGCAGUCCAGGCUGGAAAACCAACACUGAAUUGCACCAGGAAAACAGAGCCAGUGCAGAUAUUUCUGCACAUUUGAAUAUGUAAAACAGGUGCCAGUUAAAUCAGCCUAGCUACCACAUUGUGGACCAGCUGUGGCUUCUGAAUUUUCUUUCAGUUUCUUUCCUCUUUCUUUGAAGUCAUACUUAGAGCAAGACAACUGGGGUGGUGAAAGGUCUACCUUCUGCAGUGCAUUAGCACUUGAGUCUUUUCAAAAAUGAUGAUCAAGCUGCUACACUUCUGAACCUAACUAGAGUUAAAGUACUGUUAAGAGUUAAAAGAAGCAGGAACUCAGCAGAACCCCUGCAGUAUGAAACCUGUACCUUCCCCAGCAACUGCAAGAAAACUAAAAUCCCUUGGUUCAAAACCAAACAGUGGAGUGAAGUCUGAAAAGGAUUCAAAACUCAUGAAAGAUCUGAAACGACAAAAAGAGCUGGAAAAAGAGAUUCGUGUGCUAGUUGGAGAACGUGGCCAGCAAGAUAAAAGGCUGCAAGCUCUAGAAGAUGAUCUAACAAAAUCUGAAUCAAAGCUGUCUGCUGCAAUAAGGGAGAAAACCUCCCUUUUGGCAAAUGUUGCAUCUCUGGAAAAGCAGCUACUGGAGCUAACCAGAACCAAUGAAUUGCUCAAAACAAAGUUUUCUGAAGAUGGAACACAGAAGAAAAUGAGCAGUCUUUGCCUAGAGUUAAUGAAGCUCAGGAAUCUGAUGAAUUCCAAAAAGAUGACCCAUGUUAGGCGGGAAGACACAGAACCUAAAUUGCAGACAACUCAAAGAACUGUGGAGCAUUCAAAGGAAAAAGCAGCACAGUUGGAAGAACUAACAGCAACUGAGAUACUGUCAGAGGAGAAAUGUGACUCUGAGAAACUCUUAGAAUAUAUUGCAGAACUUGGCAAUGCUGCAGAACAAGUAGAUAAAUACAAGCUGGAAAUAUCCCAACUGGAGGGAAUAAUAGCAGCGAAGGAUAAGGAAAUUGAAACACUGAGGAGUUCUCUUCAGCUGAAAGAAGCAAUGCUGUCUGCACAAAUCAAUGAGUUCCGUGAAAAGUGCAAGGUGAUUGAACAGCAAAGAGAGGCACUUCUAAUUGAACAUGGAGAAAGGGAGCAAAGCAUGAAAGCUGAGAUAGGAUCCUUGAAAGAAAAAUUUCAUCUAGAAGAACAAGAACACCAAAAGCAGAAGCAAGUCUGUCAGGAACUCUCUGCUACUAUGCAUCAGAAGCUGCUCAAAUUCCAAGAGGAGGUAGCUAAGGAGAAAGAGCUUCUGGAGAGAGAACUAAGAGCAACCAUGGCAGAGUUGGAGGAACUGCACACCAAUGAAGAGAAAGUGGAGAAGCUGUUGAAGCAUCUGGAACAAGAGAACAAGCUGCAAGCUGAGGAGCUGGUACAGCUGGAAGCAAAACUGAAAGGGAAAACCAAAGAGUUAGAUGAAAUGGCUGAAUCUCACAGCAAUGCCAUUGUUCAGAUGCAGGAAGAGUACAGCCAUACCCUACGUAAACUUGGGGAGACUGUUGCUGAAUUUGAAACUUACAAAGCUUGUGUGGCUGAAGACAUUGCAUGCCACAGAGAGGAAAAUACUACCCUGAAGGACAAACUUCUUGAGAUGAAUAAGGCAGUCCAGCACACAACUCAAUUGAUGCAAGAAGUACAGCAUGCUAAAGAUAAGGCAAAGGAAGAAUAUGCAAGGAUGCUCUUGGAUGCUCAGACAAAGCUAGCAUUAAAAGAUGCAGAAAUAAAAAGGACCAAGGAAUCAAGCUUUGCACAAAUUGCUAAUCUACAAGCAAGACUAGAAGAGCAAAGUGAAGACUUAAAGAAACGACUUGAAAUUGAAAGGAAAGCCAUAUCUGAAAAAGUGAAAGCUAAUUAUGAAGAGAAUAUGAAAUCUUGGCGUGUCCUGUAUGAAGAGCUGUAUAAUAAAGUUAAACCAUUUCAGGAACAACUUGAUGCAUACGAGGCUGAGAAAAAUGCUCUUCUGAACCAGCAUGGUGCAGCCCAAGAAGAGCUCAACCAACUUAGUGAUGCAUAUGCUAAGCUACUAGGUCAUCAGAAUCAGAAGCAGAAAAUCAAACAUGUAGUGAAACUGAAAGAGGAGAAUGCCCAACUGAAACAGGAAUUAACAAGACUGCGCACUCAACUAGGAAGGGAAAAACAAUUUCGAGGAGAGCUCCAGGAUCAGCUGAACGUAAUUCAGGGUGUCAAACGAUUUGAUCCUUCUAAAGCUUUUCAGCAUUCCAUCAAGGAAAAUGUCACUCCCCAAACACCCUUUAAAGAAAGUAACAGAAACAAAAGCCAAACUACCCCCUACUGAACAGGAAGAAAUUCACAUGCUUCGAGCCGGAGGUGCUGCUAUGAAGGCUUCAAGGAUCACUGCUAUGAAGAAAGCAACUACUGUUUUGUAUUGUGUUGUGUAUGCAAAAUGAGGAUCUUUCAGUACAGCUGGCAGCAGUAGAAAGGUUAUUUUUUUAAAAAAAAACAAAACAAAACCAAUAAAGCAACUGAUCACCAGA